CUGCGCAUGUAAACAAUAACAGUGGCUCUUGCAGUGUCCAAAAUGGCGCGAUGAUGUCAAUUUUUUUCUCGAGGAAAAGACUGCAAAAUGGCAUCGUAGACACACAAAAUUCGAGGUGAAAUCACCAGAAAAGCUUGCAAAAUGCUGGAUUUAGAAGUUGUGCCAGAGCGAUCGCUUGGAAAUGAGCAAUGGGAGUUUGUUUUGGGAAUGCCUAUUGCUCAAUGUGUGCAGAUUUUGAAGCGACAAUGUCGUGUCAUUCGAAAUGUUCAAGUGAUGUAUAGCGAGGCGAAUCCUCUAGCCAUGGAUCUUGUGUUGAAUAUGCCAAAUGAUGGGAUCAGAUUGGUGUUUGACUCUGUUGGACAGAGACUCAAGAUAAUUGAAGUAAACAACAUGAGCAAGGUGAAGCUGAAGUAUUGUGGGGUUCACUUCAAUUCUCCACAAGUCCAGCCCACCAUUGAACAGAUUGACAUGUCAUUUGGCGCAACUCAUCCUGGUGUUUAUGAUCCAAGUCAUCAGCUCUUCAUCCUGAACUUCAGAGGACUAUCCUUCUCAUUCCCUAUCGACUCGAAAUUUGAGCCUUACUACACGCAUGGCCUUGGCUCCCUGAAGUUCUUAUCUGGUGCAUCACCAACUGUUUCUCGCAUGUCAAUCUACCAUGGCAACAGCAUAGCUGAUGCAAAGGCACCACCACUUCCCCUGCAGUGUUUCCAUGGCAACUGUUUUGCCGAAAGUGUUGAUGUCAUCAAGGAUGGGGAAGAUGUGCAAGGACUGAAGUUCUUCUUGGUUGCAGAGGGUAUGGGCCCAGGAAAAAUCUUGGAGUUGAGGAGAAGAACAUUUGAGAGGACAGUGAUGUUUGGAGACUCCUGCCAGGAUGUGCUUAGCUCGUUGGGGUCUCCUUGCAAAGUUUAUUACAAGGCUGAAGAUAAGAUGCGAAUUCAUGCUCCAUCUCCUCACAAACUCGCACCAUCUAAAACGUCUGACUACUUCUACAAUUACUUCACACUUGGAGUGGACAUCCUUUUCGAUGCGUGCAGCCAUAUUGUUAAGAAAUUCAUACUUCAUACGAAUUUUCCUGGGCACUACAACUUCAAUAUGUACCAAAGGUGCGAGUUCAAGAUCCAGAUAUCCCGAGAUUCUAAAGGGUCCGUACUUGAUGAAGACACACCCUUUGUGAUGACUCCUUGUAGUAAGUGGGACAGUGUGCAGGACUAUCUUGGGAAGCCUCUUGAAGCCCCUGUUGUCCUGAACAGGGCUUCAUCGACCAACACGACCAACCCCUUUGGAUCAACAUUCUGCUACAAUCUACAACACAUGGUCUUUGAGGUGAUGCCCAAUAAUCACGUGGCAUCGUUGACUCUUUAUCAAAGUGGCAAUGGGAAGCAGCCGUGAGCAUGCGCAAAGCCAGCAAAUGCUUUCCGUCUUCUAGUACGCAAAGAGAACGGCAUCUUCACUAUGACAGAUGUGCAACCGAUGACUGUAAAUAGUUUUACAUAUCUAUAUGGUUUUAAUAAUAUCUAUAUUUUUGUAAUUAUAUCAGAGAUUUGGAGGACUUAAAGCCGCAUUGUCACCAGUUUACUUCCGGAGGUCCGUCGGAAACCUCAACCGUCAAAAGACAAAAGAAUCUAUUAGAAUCCGCGCUAUAAAACGGGCCAUCCGCUCUAAAUUAUCACUCAAAUCCUCGAAGAAAUUUCCAAAGGACACAAUGCUUUUAAAAUUUUGAAAUAUUUUCCGCAGUUUCCGUUGAAAAUCAUCAGAGAUUGUUACGUAAUCACCGGAAGUAAACUGGUGACAAUGCGGUUUUAAUAAAUAAUAAAGAGAUGAAUAAUAAAGAGAUACAUUAUUUA